AUGUCCUGGCAGACGUGUUUGAAUGGUCUAUGCGUGCAAAAUUUUGAGUCUCCAGUGACAACAAGUGAUUUCGAGGGAUCGGCUUUGUCACCAUGCAAAUCAACACCGAUAAAAUCUGAUGCAAGAGAAAAGGUGAUGACAUAUGAGGUAAUGGAUAAGACAACAUUUCAAAUGCAGGAGACGACAAUAUCUAAUACAUCGUACGAAACAACAUCUGAGGCGCUAAUGGAGACGACAUCCGAGGCAUUGAGGGAUACAAAGACUCAAACGCUAGACGUAACAAUAUCCCACAUACCAAAUGAGGAAAUGUCGCACACAGUGAAUGAAACGGAACCUCAGGCAUUUACUAAGACAGUAUUUUUGACAACAACUAUGGCUGAUUCUGUCGCAUCAAACCCGGAAACAACUUCUUGGACUUCAGAAAGAGAAGAGAUGACAUAUCAGGCAAUGGAUGAGACGACGUUUCAAACCCUGGAGGCGACAAAAUCUGAUACACCGUAUGAAACAACAUUUGAGACGCUAAUGGAAGCGACAUCUGAGGCAUUGAAUGUUGCAGAACUUCAAACAUUUACGGAAAUAGAAUUUUUGACAACAACUGUGGCCGAUUCUGUCGCACCAAACUCGGAAACAGCUUCUUGGAAUUCAGAAAGCGAAGAGAUGACAUAUCAGGCAAUGGAUGAGACGACGUUUCAAACCUUGGAGACGACAACAUCUGAUACACCGCAUGAAACAACAUUUGAGACGCUAAUGGAAGCGACAUCUGAAGCAUUGAAUGUUGCAGAACUUCAAACAUUUGCGGAAAUAGAAUUUUUGACAACAACUGUGGCCGAUUCUAUCUCAUCGAACUCGGAAACAACUUCUUGGAUAUCAGCAACGUGCGUGAAUGACAGCCAAUGUAAUCCACAACAGCUUUGUACAGUUGAUGGACAUUGUGUCCCCCACCCGUCACUUGGUUUUGACGAAAAAUUUGGCUCAGAGUGCAAAACCAAUAAGCAAUGCGGAAUGAACGAGAUUUGUGUUGUGCGGGGUUACUGCGUCCCGGAUCCGCAUUCCGAGCAGUAUGGAACAGGUAUACGUAGAAUCUAA